AGCCCCUGCAGAGGGGGUGUAACCAUUUGGCCGUGGGUAUCCUGCACUGCCAUUGGCUUCUAAAGAGUCUGCAGUCAAUUUAAAGCCCCAAGACCAGACCCCCCUCUUUUAUCAUUCUACCACAGGACCAGGAGAUCCACCAUGCCUGCGUACGCCACCAACAUGAGGUUCAAGUUUCCCAUCCUGGCUCUUACACUGGAAGUUAUUAUCAUCAUUCUGUUUGCGGUGUUUGUGAUCUACGACGAUGGCAAGCCGAGUCAUCACGGCGAUCAUGACACGUCCAAUGACACGCAUCAUGAUAACAUGGUGCUCUACCCCAUGUUCCAGGAUGUCCACGUCAUGAUCUUCAUCGGCUUCGGCUUCCUGAUGACCUUCCUGAAGAGAUACGGGUUCAGCAGCGUGGGCAUUAACCUGCUGCUGGCUGCCUUCGGCCUGCAGUGGGGCCUGCUUAUGCAGGGAAUAUGGCACCUGGACGAUGGCAAGAUCAAGGUCACCAUCCUGAAGAUGAUCAAUGCAGACUUCAGCACGGCAACCGUUCUCAUUUCGUUUGGAGCCGUUCUGGGUAAAACCAGCCCUGUCCAGCUACUCAUCAUGACAGUCCUGGAAAUCGCUACUUUUGCCGCCAACGAGCACCUGGUGGCUACCGCUAUAAACGCCAGUGACAUUGGCGCUUCGAUGACCAUCCAUGCCUUCGGAGCAUACUUCGGGUUGGCUGUGGCUCGCAUGCUGUACCGUCCCGCCCUGAGGAACGGCCACGAAAACGAUGGUUCUGUCUACCACUCUGACCUGUUCGCUAUGAUCGGCACCGUUUUCCUCUGGAUGUUCUGGCCCAGUUUCAACUCUGCCAUUGCUGAUUCCGGCGUGCCUCAGUUCACGGCUGUCGUCAACACUUACUUCUCGCUGGCGGCAUGUGUGCUCUCAGCCUACGCCAUUUCAAGUUUAGUGGAGCACAAAGGAAAGCUCGACAUGGUACACAUUCAGAACGCCACCCUAGCUGGAGGUGUUGCCGUGGGAACCUGCGCUGACAUGAACAUCGGACCCUUCGGCGCCAUGCUGAUUGGGUUUUUGGCUGGCAUCGUCUCCACAUUGGGAUUCAAGUUCCUGUCGCCUAUCCUUGCUGCAAACUUGGGCAUCCAGGACACGUGCGGUGUCCAUAAUCUUCAUGGCAUGCCGGGGAUUCUGGGAGGACUGGCUGGCAUCGUGGCUGCGGCACUGGGAAAGAAGAAAGGUGCUGAUGCUGCCAUGCAGGCCGCGGCCUUGGCCUCUUCUCUGGGAUUUGCUCUUGUGGGAGGAGCCAUCACCGGUUUCAUUAUGAAGCUUCCAGUGUGGGGACAACCACCAGACCAAAACUGCUUUGAUGAUUCUAUUUAUUGGGAGGUACCGGAGGAGGAAGAGGAGAACGAGGAGAGUCUGGCUCAUGGUGAUCAUUCCAAGAACAAAGCUGAGGCCUAAAGUGAGAAGAUGCAAAGAUGUCUUCUCUCUUGACACGAUCCGUUUAUCUACCCCCCAUAUCUGGAAGUGUUUGUUAGUUGGGCUCACCUGUGUAUGAUGGAAAUUGUUUAUUUUUUUGUUCUUUUAACAACUUAUAGGUCUCAUAUUGCAUUUUACUGGUGUAUUGGGUACUCUGAGCACCCAAUCAAAAUUAAGGGCAUAACAUUCAGAAACAUUUCUCCUGGCAUUAAGUUGCGAUAAAUCCAAUCUGAGCCAAACUUGAAGCCCCCAUCUCUUUUUGGUGAAUUGAGCAUAUUACUACAAGAACACAGUAUCACUGCCUCCCCCUUAUGUUUUUGAAUAGUCUUUUUUAAGUGCCAGAGAUGGUGUGUUUCCUUCGUUGAUAAUAUUUUAGUGCAAAUCUAUCUCCUGCCAAGAGGCAUCUGACAUAUCGACUCUGUCUAAGCCAAUUUAUGAAUAGUGACAGGCCUCUUUAUGACUGGCCUGGACAUAUAGCUAUGUAGACAGCAGAGUUAACGAUACAGGUCACUCAGGGACCAAAUACACAGAAGCUCUUGCAUGAAUGAGGUUGAUACUUUGAGCUGCACAACCUUACCUCAUGUGGAAAAAACAAAAAAAAAAAAACGCUCUUGCAACCUGCCUGGACGAUCAAAGCGCAUCCUGCAUUUCACGCUACAGUCUGCGGCUGGCACAGGACCUGUAAACAGACCAGCUGAGACGGUCUUACGGGUCGCACUGAACCAGAACUGGGCCGUGUGUGUGUGUGUGUGUGUGUAUAUGUGUGUGUGUGUGUUUGUUCUCUGUUCUUCUUUUGCUUUUCCUCUUACACCGAUUCUGAUUCUGAUUCUGAUUCUUAUUGUAUAUAUCAAUGGAUGUAGUCAGUCUCAUCACUUCCUCCUUGCAUCUCUAACAAGAAGCAGUAAGCAUCAGGGAUAUUGUCAACAAAAAGUUCAAGUGAAGUUUCAUUACCUCUAUACUUUUCAUGCAUUUUGUUUAAGUAGUUCUGUCAGCGGUGCCUGAAAUAUUAACACAUCAGAGUGGAUGAGCCUUCCAAGUGCAGGGGAAGAUUAAAUUGGCUAGAGAUAGGUAGAUUACAGUGUGUAUUUGGUUUUGUCAUUGUCACCUGCCAAUAGAAUGUGUGAUUCAUUAGUGAUGCUUAGCGCACCAGCCAAGUGAACAAUUUAUUAGAAGCUUGACCGAAUUCACCAUAUCAAUGAAAUAUGUUACACUUUCCAAAAUGUAUCAUGUACUAAUACUGUCAUUUAUAAAUAUGUUUUAUAUUGUAUUA